CAUAAAGGUGUGUAAAAAAUAAUAAUAAUAUUAAAAAAAAUAUAUAUAAUAAAAAAUAAAGUAACGAGAGAGCUCUGUGGUAAAACGAGAACGAGAACAGAUUUCAGCCAAUCUAAUUUCAAUUGGAGCAAGCUGGGAACUCAUGGUAAUGUUAGUCGACGCCGCGGGGCCGGCAUGCACAAUGUCCCUCCAUAUGUAAAUCACAACAGUAGCGGGCAUCACAACAACAACAAUAAUCACAUCAAUCACAAUAACAACAACAACAAUUUCACUGUGGACGACGUAAAACGAUUAGUUGCUGGCAUGCAUAGCACUGAAAAUGUUAAUACUGAUUCCGUAACUGACAUUCAUCAACGUAACGCAACAAACGCAGGCGGCAUGGGUCACACAACAGUCUCAAAUAAUCCCGUGACCAACAACGGAACUGUCUCGUCGAUAUCUUCGGCUCCGAAUACGAAUGCGGGCGGCGCCAAAGAAUGCGCGGGAUGCGGCAAACGGAUCACGGAGCGUUUCCUCCUCAAAGCUUUGGACUUGUUCUGGCACGAGGAUUGUCUGAAAUGCGGUUGCUGCGAUUGCAGACUCGGCGAAGUGGGCAGCACGCUUUACACGAAGGCGAAUUUGUUGUUGUGCAAGCGCGAUUACCUUCGGCUGUUUGGCGCAACGGGCUAUUGUGCGGCAUGCAAUAAAAUUAUACCGGCAUUCGAGAUGGUGAUGCGGGCCAAAAAUAAUGUUUACCAUUUAGAGUGUUUUGCAUGUCAGCAGUGCAAUCAUAGGUUUUGUGUAGGUGAUAGAUUCUACUUAUGUGAUAAUAAAAUUUUAUGUGAAUACGAUUACGAGGAGCGACUUGUGUUUGCCAACAUAGCAUACAAUCCAUCUAGUUUAGCACAUAUUAGAAGACAAGUGAGUAGUUUACAGCCUCCCAACGGUGAAAAUGUGAUGAAUCGCCAACAACAGCAGCAGCAGCAACAACAACAGCAACUCGCAUCUAGUCAAGGAGGUCCUCAAGCGCCGCCAUCGCAGCAAAAUCAGCAACAAACGAUGCUAAAUAAUCGUCAAAAUGGCCCGACACCCGUCAACGGGCUCCCAAAUGCACCCGGCAACAUUCCCCCGUCAUCGUAUAUCGGCGAAAAACUUCCCAUGCCGCAACCGCCGAGCAAUUUGGGACCGCAACGAGACGACGGAUCGAGUGGUUAUGGUAGUCCGGAUAGCGAAACGUUGGAAAUUCCGACGGCACAAUGACGUCAGCGGGCACGCACAUAAUCAUUACUUCACUUGAACAUGAAUAUAAUUGUUGUAAAGUAAGCAGAGAGUUAAUUGUCUUGUUCUUAUUUAGCUAAG